AUGAAUACUCAAUCUGGAUAUAACGUUAGCUUCUGCACGGAUCCAAAGUUUAAGCUGCAAGUAAUAAAAAGAGAUACCGAAGAAAAAUGCGACAUAUGUUUGUUAUCUUUGAAAAAUCCUGUACAGUACGGCGAAUUCAUCGUAAGAGAAUUCAGUUCACUCAAAAUCAAGUGCCAUUAUUUUUGUUUGCUUACAGGUACUCUCAUACCACAGAGAGGUGUCAUAAAAUCUGGCAUCACUGGGUUCUUAAUACGUGACAUUGUAGCUAGCUUUCGUGAAUAUCGGUAUCGAAACUGUGUUUAUUGCCAGUGUCCCUCCGCUCCGAUACGAUGCGCAAAGGAUGGUUGUGAUCGUUGGUUUCAUUAUCCGUGCGGCUAUGACAACUCCUGCCUGACACAAUUUUGCGACCAAUUCAACUCCUUUUGUCAUCUACAUGUUCCGGAAGAAUACUACCAGCCUCAGAACACAAAGGACAAAGAUUGUGAAAUUUGUUUCGAAGAGUUGCCACAACUCACGGAUGCGAAUUUCAACAUUCUUUCCGUGAUUCAAAGUUGUAACAAACCAAAGUGCCCUCCUGGACUGAUGCACCGGACAUGUUUACAGCGAUUUGCGUAUACGUCGGGAUAUAAUUUUAAAUGUCCAUUGUGUUUCCGAAAGGACUUUAAAAUCCAAGCGAUCAAAAGGGGUAUUUUUGUGCCCUCGCGAGAAUCCGCGUGGGAGCGGGAAGUAGGAGCAUAUAAAGAUAUUCACAAACGCAAAUGUACUGCAGCACACUGCAUAUUAGCAAAAACAUGUAACGAGAAAAACGCAUCAACGUUAGUAGGCUGUAAGAUCUGUGGUGGGCAGUUGAUGCAUAGGGUGUGCACUCAGCUGGCGGACUCUGAUGUAUAUUUAUGCGCCAAUUGCAUGCAAGAUUCGUUUGUGAAUCUAGUUUAA